AUGCCUUCCACUACUUUCAACUUCUCGGCCGCUUUGUGCCUCUUCUUGGCCGCUGGCCCUGCUAGCGUUCUCUCCGCUCCCCAGCUGGGUGGUCUCCUUGGAGGCGGAAAGUCCGAUGCCGCCCCCGCCAAUGGCAACAGCGAUUUCACUGCCGGUGCUGGCUAUGAUGUCGGCAUCCCGGGUGGCCCUAAUGUCGCCUAUGGUGUUGGCGUUCACAAGGAGCAGCACGGUCCCUGCGGCCCUGGCGCAAGCUACGACAAAGAUGCUGGCGCCGGUUACGCUGUCGGUAUUCCCGGCGGUCCCCACGCUAUCUACGGUGUUGGCGUCCACGACUCGCACGACUCGUACCCCUGCCCCGAGGAGCCCGCUGCUCCCGUCGCUCCCGCUGCUCCUGUUACUCCUGCUGCUCCUGUUGAGCCCGUCGCUCCUGCCGCUCCUGUUGAGCCUACCGCCCCCGCUCCUGCUGAGCCUACCGCCCCUGCUCCUGCCGUCCCUGCUGCGCCUGCCCAUACUGAGCCCGCUGUUGUUCCCGUUGCUGUCCCCGUCACUGAGCCUACGACCACUAUGACCUCCACCUGGGUCCCAGCGUACAUUCCCCCAACCUACACCACCCCCAUCGACAUCCCCACCAUCACCUCCGUUCCCGCCUACGCUCCUGGCCCCGUGGUUCCCGUUCACUCCACCCCCCUGAUCAACCGCCCUGCUCCCUCCGUCACUCCCAGCCCGAUGCCCAUGUACAACGCUGGCUCCGCCAUGGCCCCCAGCUCCCUCCUGGCUCUCGCUCUCCCCAUCAUGCUCGGAAUCUUCUACUAG